AGGUGUUCCCCUCAAAAACACCGUGUUCUCUGGAAGAGGGGCUGAGCCUACAUGUAGAUACAGUAUAUAAAGACAGUUGACGGCAGCCUCCGCGCUCAACACAAGCCUGAGCAGGUCUGCGCAGCGGCAGACCGCAGAUUCUGCCCACUUUGUUGCGCGUAAUCACGCGCCGCACGAUGGACGCGGGCAGCCUCUCCGCGGGCGCGCGGAGCGCACCAGUCCCCGCUCCGCACCAGCUGAGCUGCGCCACCAUCGACGCUUCCCACUUUCACAGCAACAUGGACGGACAGUGCGCCGGCUCCUCCAAAGUCUUGCUGGCUUACAAAAACGCAUCGCAGCACUUGAGUUCGUCGGGGAUCAAGGCGGGCUUGGGGAUCCUCAAAGCGGCCACGUCUCAGUGGAAGCAGGGAAAGAAGACGCUCUCAGCCGCGAGGCAGCUGUCCACUGCCAACAGCAGCCACCCGCCGAAGAGAUCCCCACUGGAUCAGCUGGCAGCUCUGGUUCUCCACGGUCAAAGCCGGCACCGCGAUAUCGGCCAAGAGCACCGACAAGAUGCUCUCUACUCCAAGCCCCAGAACUGUAAGCGCAUCGUGGUCCUCGGCGCGCCACGGGUCGGCAAGACCUCCAUCUUAAGACGGUACCUUCGGGACGGAUUUGUGGAGGAGUACAGUCCAACCUCGGAGGAUUUUCUCAGGAAACUGUUUCGUAUCCGCGGGGACACCUACCAGAUUGACGUCCUGGAUGCGUCCAGGGAAAGGGACUUCCCAGCCAAGCGGCGGCUGUCCAUCCUCACUGGGGAUAUAUUUCUUCUGGUAUUCAGUCUAGAUGACCGGAGCUCUUUCGAAGAGGUGUGCGUCCUGCGAAGGGAGAUUCUGGCUGCUAAAUCCAAACUCACAAAGUCCUCUGUGCCAGAGCUGAGCGCACAGCCACGGGUUCCCCUGCUGGUCUGCGCCAACAAGGUGGAUCUCCCGGACUCCGAGAGACAGAUCUCAAAGGCAGAGGUGCUCCGGGCCCUCGGCGAGGACUGCGCCUACUUUGAAACGUCUGCAAAGGACAGAACUAAUCUAGAGACGGUCUUCGAGGCUUUGGCAAAGCGAGGCGGACUUCCGACUGAGACCGGCCCGUCUCAGCACCGAAAAGUCUCCCUUCGGUCGUACCAGGCGAUGCGGACCGGCCGUGUGGCGGGGAGGGGCAGCGGGGAGCCGAGGCGCGACGAUCCCUGCGGCGCCUUGUACCCGCUCGCUCGUCGGCCGAGUUUCAGCACUGAUCUCCGACAUGUGAUCGGGCCGCACACGGCACGAAAACCCGGCAAAGCCCUGGAGAAAUGUCAGAUUCAAUGAGAGACAAAUGAGAGACACGCGUCAGACCUACGACGCAAUGAUGUUCCCUUAAACAUAAAGGCGUUAUGGUUGUGUCAUGACAUGCACUUGAGAUGAUGGUUUCCAAAUAAAACUUGUAUGAUGCUUGCUUAUUAA